AUGUUUGGAAGGAUUUUGUUAGAAGGAAGUUGGAGGAAAAUGUCGAUUCUGAAAGGUUCGUUGAAAAGUGCUUCGCCGCUCACGGGGUACCUGGAGCUGUACAAAUCCAGAACGGAUUCGGAUUUCGGGUCGGGUAGUACGACUAUUCGGAUCAGCCCGAAAUACUCGGUAGAGCUGCAGAUGCUGUUUUUGUCCAUACAACAGCCAUGUUUGACUGUUGUUGAGCUUGAUUUUGUAUUUCUCAUGGAUGACGAUGAUCAAGUUCGAUAUUUCUCAACAGACAUGGAUGAUGAUGAUCAAGUUAACAGAGAUGGUGACAUAUCAAAUGGAACUAUGGUUAAAUCUUCUGAGCUUACAGGUGAUCAUAGUGUGAUGGAGGAAAUGCUAACAACUGAAAAUGAAAAUCAGGAAAUUCCAGAAGUCGGCAUGAAAUUUGCUAACGAAAAUGAGGUGUUUCAGUACUACAAGAGAUAUGCUUAUCGAACGGGUUUUCCUAUUAGAAAAAGAAAUUCAACAAAAGGUGAUGAUGGAAUCGUACGGUAUAUGACAUAUACUUGUAGUCGAGAAGGUCGACGAAGCUAUAAGAGCAGUACAUCUCUGAAUCUGCUACCGACUAGUCAAACGGGUUGUAAAGCAAGGUUGACCGCUUGUUCUGAUGCUUGUGGAGUAUGGCGUAUAAAUGUUGUUCAUUUAGAGCAUAACCAUAAGACAAGCCCAUCCAAAUCUAGGUUGUAUAAAUGCAAUCGACAAGUAAGCAACUGGAUCAAAAGACAACUUGAAGUAAAUGAUAUAGCAGGAAUACCUAUUCAUAAAAGCUAUAAUGCAGCCGUAGUGGAGGUCGGUGGAUUCGAGAAUAUGACAUGUGUCGAAAAAGAUUGUCGAAAUUUUAUUGAUAAAGUUCGGCGAUUGAGACUUGGCGAAGGAGAUGCAGUGGCAAUAUCAUCUUACUUCUCAAAAAUGAAUAAUGUUAGCAAGCUGCCACAUAAGUACGUCUUGAGAAGAUGGAGGCGAGAUGUCAGCAGUCCAUAUGUGCGGAUUGCAAGCAUGUACGAUGGUAUGGCUAGUACUGUUGAACAGUUAAGAUAUGAGAAAUUAUGUGCUGCUUUUACUAAGAUGGCAAACUUGGUAGCUGAGAAUGAAGAGCGGUCAAAUCAACUGUUGGAAUAG